AUGAAAGUCACAAUUAUAGAGGAACCUUUAUCAGUUCCUUCUGUCCCUGAUGCCAACUUUAGUAAUGGGACAGAAACCAAUGUUGGGGGCACAGGCAAUAACGGAACAACGAACCCGUCACAUGAUACUGGAUUGUUAAUGGUUUCCACGCAAAUUGGAGAAAGGCAAGAGAGAAAUGAGUUGGAUGCAUAUCUUAAUCAACUUAAAGUUGCAUCUUCCCGCAAUCAGGAUAGCUUGAGUGAUGUUGCUAUCCAUAUUCAAGAAGCUCGACCAACUGAAGGGGUUAGUCCAGUAGAAGUUAGACCUACAGAUGGAAUCUUGAAGGUUGAUGGAACGGAAGCUAGAAGGGUUGGUCCCCUCAUUGGAGCUAGAAGGAGGAAGUCUUUUGCUAUUAAGCGGUUUAAGCAAGAACCAAACUCAGGUCUCAGAAAUGAUGCCCUUGGAAACACAACAGGUGAUGGUGUCGUAGUUGGACAAGAUGUGAUUAAGAAUACAAACGGGUUGGAUCCUAAUAACAUCGUAGAUGCUCCCCCAAUCAUCUCUGAAAUUAUAAAGAUAAUCAAACCCGUGAACUAUUCAACAUCUAUAGUUAACGACACAGAGAAGGCGUCUGUAUGCUUUUUGGUCAGGAGGUUUAAAGCAAGCUCAUGA